AUGUUUAUGCUUUCACGAAAUCGGCAACUGAUCGUAAUUCUAUUUUUGAUUUUCGAUUUUGGACGAUCUGUGCAUUCCUCUCACACCAAUCUUCAUAGAAUACAUAGAAAUAAAAUUCAUGAAAAACUGCUGAGAAGAACGUUGAUCUCGCUGGGCAAGGUUGUGGACUUCUUCGCAAAGGAGUACAAAAAGUUUAAUAUCGACGGGAUUUUUGGUCUUCAGGCGCUCGAUGGUAAGUAAUGAUAUCUAUCUAACAUAAUAGAAUUGGCUAACCAAACUUUUAAGAACUACAAAUAUUUUUAAAGGAUCAAAUUAAUUAGCUUGAGUAAAGGGUCGUCACAUGAGAUACUCACAUUAAGCCUUCGGGCUCCGCAUCAGUGACUUCGAUACUAGUAAGUAAUGAUAGUGAUUACAUAGUGUGGGUCAUCGUUUAAAGACGACAAAGACAGGUUAACGGGUACAAGCUUUAUUAAAACAGCACAGAUUUUCUAUCUUAAUUCAAGAUUUCAGCUGUGAUGUAUACCUGUAAGCUUACAUAAAUUCGUGCCGACAAUGCCGGUUCUAAUCACAGAAAAAUUCAAUUUUGCUAUUAUGGUAAUUAUAGACCACGCAAAUUAAUCACAGUUCAGCUUGCACUUGUCAGAAAUCGCAAAAAUAGUUUUUGAUUCAGAGAUUUUAAUUUAAAUAGGGGAUAACGAGAAGCUCUGAAUAUCGCAUCACCGCAAAAAGUACCGAUAAACACCAUGUCACUGCACAAAAAGUUGACGAAACACCGACACCGCAAAACUUUUUACACCCAAGCAUGAUUUACACUCACAACCGGACACAUAAAUUGCGAAUCCAUACGACAAAAUUGCAUCAACUGUGAAUAAAGCCGAUGUACAGCCAAUAAUCUAGGUCUGUUCAUAUCGGUUCCUCUAUCAAUAUGGUGAUUUCAAGAGCCUUUUUUGAAGUUCGUAACCAUUCUUUAAAAUCCUGAGCUAUUGGCAUAUUCGCGAUUUUUGCCCCCAAAAUUAACCAAAUUUAGGGUCGAGGAGGAUCCUCGAAACAAAAGAUUAAAACAGCGCAAGUGUAUCAAUGUUACACCGUAAAAAAAAUUACGGCAUGAAAAAUGAGUAAUUUCACAACAACGCAAAUCCAAACCUCUUCCGCUUUGAGAUGAAUUUACGACGUUCCGAAUCAGAGUAAGUAUAAACAUGUUUAUUUACGUAUUUCAGUCAGGGUGGGUGAAAGGCAGUUCCCUAUUGCCAUAAGCGGCAUAAGCAGAAGCCCAAACAAAAAGAAGAUUGUAUAAAAGCGGUUGUUUCAUAAAGAGAACGACUCGGAUACAAUUAGAAGUAUAAGAAAAUGAUCUUGUGUGCUUGGGGAGUUAACUAUGUGCUACAAUUUAGCGAAGAAAUGACGACUCUUGUGUUUACACUCCAUUCUCCGCCACUGGCGAAAGGUACUCGUGCUAAUGUCAACAUCAAGGAACCCUACCUCAAUAAAUCAAAUAGAUAGGGUCAAAUGGUCGCUUUCACUUUUUGAUCAAAAUGAGUAUUUUUUUUUUGCAAGGAAUUCUUCAGGACUUACUAACCAAGGUGGAAACCAGUCGUAUUCAAAUACCCAAGAGAACAUUCCAGGUAUUGACACGUCUGCACCACAAAGCGAAGCUUGUUUCCAGUAAAUCACAGCCCUACUUACGAGCCUCGGACCCAGAUUACUACAGGCUCGGUUUCGUAGCUAGGCAUGCUUGGCUGUUCCAGAGAGAGUUCCGGAAUCUCAACACCAGUCUCUCCCAGAUUAAACCACAAGACGUUGAAAAUGGGCAUUUUGACAUACACACUAUGGACCGGUGUAUCUCGGAGUUGAUUGGAGACCAGAUAUCUGGUGCGAAACCUUGUAACAUCACCGACGAAUGCUGGAAUUUCGUUCGAAGUGAGAACACAACAGGCUACAUGACAACUCACCAAGCUCUCUAUUUGAUGGUUGGAGAAAUCAAAGGUAAUUUGAUCCCAUUUUCGGGUUCUUUCCAUUGUCUGACAACAAACAACCACUGUAGUCGACCUCUGCUUGCUGUAAAUUAAUCUACAAAAUUGUGGCAAAACUGACCAUCACUUUCAUCUAUCAAAGAAAACACUUCCGUGACUUUCAACUGACUUGUGACUCUUACUUGACUUUAAUGUUGACUUUUUCUCUAACUAUCACGUUAGUCCACCGCUGUCCAUAACAAUAGACCGUUUCACUUCCAGAGCAUUACUCUCCUAACUGGACGAUCACAGCACCUCGAUCAUAUAGUUUUAGGUUGGUUCCAAGUUAAGGAUCAAUUUAUCAUUUCCCAAAGAACAGUGACCGGCGUAAGUCUAUAAAACCUUCCUGUGGCUUUUUUUCACUUUUUCUUAAAGAUUCAUCCAAAUAUAUAAAGCUCUAGCCAGACAAUUUGGUUCAGGGAUUAGUAGUUUCGCCUUUCUUGGUAAGAAAAAGAAAAUGAUUCGAAUAGCACGAUUACAGAGACACUGGACCAUAACCAAAUAUCAAACACAUGCUUGUAAGAGCAAAUAAAUUUUAACCGCCGACUUUUAUCUUUGCUCAGGUUGUCUACCUAAUAUCACAAAGCUCCUAUCCAGUUCACAGAAAGAAGGAGAAAGGACUAUCGAAAUUAUAUUUGAAACACUUUGUGCAAGCAUCUAUAAACAAAUGAGAUGGAGGGAAAUUGUCUUCCGGAGAGAGCACCAGUCAAAGCAUGCUGAUGAUAAAGAUCUGUACAUGGAACAAUGUUACGUAUGCGGGAUCUUGGGAUACCAUCAACAGUUUCUUUCACUUGAUAGACUUUCAGCUGUUUUAGAUUGGCAGCUCCCUCCUGGUUGCUAUGGUAGCAGUGAAAGUCCCAAAGGCGGACACCGAGGCACAGAAGACAGCAACGUUUAUAGGGAGCAAUGGGACCACGGAGAUCUCAAUGAUGAUGAUUUCAAUGAUGGAUUCGGGUACUAAAGAACUGAAUGCACUUUACAUUACUAAUGACUAGUGACGCAAGCUAACACUUUUUUUUAUCACUCACAUCUCUAUAUCAUCAUCUUCUCUAACGCGAUAUUGUAUAUCAUACCCUUUACUUGUAGCCUAAAUCCGACGAGGGACCUUGAUGAACGAAUAACUAGAGAUCGUUCAAGUGACGGUUUACCAGGUGAGUUUCACAUGUCUUGGUUAUCUCUUCGGGGGCUGUCCAUUUCGUUACUGUCUCCCAUUAACGAACUGCUAACCAAAUAUGUACUAUGUAUUUUAUAUUAAGGUGGAUGUCAGAGGCACAUUACAGGUGUGGCAACAGGUCUACUGGGUGUCUACCUGAAGUGGCUAUUGAUGGAGCCACCUCUCACUCCGGCACAUCAUCAUUAAAGGAACCGAAUAAGUAAUUAACAAAUAGAGAAGCGUUUAAUGUGCUCUGUUCUGUUGUAAAGUACGCAGGAAGCGGCUAGAGCUGUUUACAAAUCUUUGUUUGGUUCCUCUGUUGCUAUUUGCCGGACCACUUGUUCCGAAAUUUCACUUUCAAUUAAUAAACAAAAAAUAAAAAAAUUAGAGAGAAGUCCGGGAAAUGGUCGGACAUAGUACAAUUUGGCGGAUGGCGUGAUAGCUUUUAAGCUCUCUUGCUCUAUGUCCUAUACUCUAAUGGAGCACGCUGUUUCAACCAACGACAGCGCGCGCUAUAUGCGAACUUUAUUAUAAACAGUGAUGGUCACAACUUUUUAAAAAUUCAUGUUUAUUGUACCCAAAACAAAAAAAAACAAGAAGUGAACUUGAAUAAAUAAAAUAAAAUUGAACAUACGGGGUUGCCUGCUUGGUAAACCCUUAGGGGUACAGGAUGAGUUGGUUGUCUUGCCUUUUUCCAGCCUCCAGGUCCCCUCGGUGUCGAGAGAACUGAUCACGGAGACUGAAGUCAGAACGACAUCCUGGUGCAAUCUAGGAAUGUCACCAUCACCAUAUCGAUUCCAAAGCAAUGAAGAAUAUCCAGUUGUCAAAAAAUUCCUGAAUUGUAUGGUUUGUUAAAAUGUGAACCAUUUUUACCCAGAAGUAGCAGUGCAGUCUGAUCGUCCAGGGGAGGGUAGUCCUGAAGGGUCUGUUGUUGUCCGUACCAAUGACUGACUUGUCAAAAACCUGAGUGAGAGUCAUCAACAGAGUUAAGUGAGUAGUUGUGUCUGUCGUGUGUUACGAGUAUGUUUCGCCGAAAAUAAUUUGGCUCGAAGUCAUAGGCUGCAAGAAUCACAUGGCGUAAACAGUGAAAGUUCCCAAGAAGUAGAUUAAAACACUCGAGGACAAACAACCACAAACUAAUCCGGGAACAAUUCUUUUCAGUACUUUUCUCAGCCACGUCCACCUGAGGGGCUCACUCACUUCAUGACGCGUCGGUUGUACUUUAGAUAGAGCGAGUCAAGUAACAUUCAGUCGUAAAUUUCCCGUUCAUUCGAGUUUAUUUAGUUUCAAAAUUUUUCCUUCAAUUGCGGUUUUUACGGCUUUGAUUUCUUUUGAUGAUAGAAAUCGGUGGGAGGCCUCCUCGAUCGGAAGCUCUUAGCUGUCAGUCAUUUCUUAACGAAAAGUUGAUCAGGAAUUUCAGAUAAGGAAUGAAUUUCAAACUUUCCACUAAAUCGCGAAAGCCAUGUUCAUCCAAAUUUAAAUUUCGCUUUUUCAUCGGUUAUUGUCUUAAUAAUAAUAAAUUUUAUACUUAUAACGUGGAUAUACAUCCAUUUACUUAUGCUCAUCAGAUCAUAUGCGCGCAAACAAGCAAACGAAUAUUUCAGAUAAACAUAAAGUGCUUGAAAAAUCCCAACUGGCAGAAGGCAUGAGGAGUUGAAUUCGGGGCGACCGAGAACAAUUCCAAUGAGUUGCAGGGUGAAGAGCUUUGACCCGGGACUACCAAAUUACAAGUCCAGCGCACUUAUCACUCGGCGACGCCGCCUCCAGAUUGGAGGCAUUAAGAAAUCUUGUAUGUUCUUGUGAACGAAAGAUAUUAUCCCUUCUGAUCGAACAUUUUGUGAGUCCUUCCUAACUCUUAGUAAGCUGAUAAUGCGACUUUCUCCACAAAGGAUGGCAGCAGAUAGUCGGUCGUCCGGGAAAACAUGAUAUUCCUUUAGAAGGUAUUUAAGAGCCACUUUUCCAAUUUCAGCGAGGAUAUCUUUCAAAUCUUCAACUUGGUGGUAGUCAGGAGGAAAAUAUUUCCCUUUGUUAUGAUCCAAAACUUACUAGAAAAUCGCUUGAUGCAUAUUCACCCUCAUCACCCGACGGUCCUUCACUUCCUUCGUCUGAUGUACCUUCACUUAACGUUUCUUGAAAAUCUUGAAGGAGCAACUCUCUGCGAUCCCGACCAGCUGCGUCCAAACAGCCGUGUCCAGAUAUUUCUUCGUUCUCCUUUAUACGGUUAUCGCUAUAACUGGUGGCAUUUGGCUGUUCAAUUUCUUCAUCUAUUCCUCCAUCAUACCUUUAACUUCUCUUUAGUAAUUUCGUCAGGGUUAACUUUUAUCUACAUCAACUUCUCGUCAAAAAAUUACAAUGUAAAAAACAUUAAAAAAAAAAAACUACCCUUGUCCUACAAUCAAUUCAUGUCAUUAAUUAUAAACAAAAUUCUCUUACAUAUUUUGCAAAAUGCGCAUGGAAUUAUAUGUAAUUUUGUUUCAUAGUGAUUUGUAAAAUAAUCAAGUCUUGUUCCAGUAGCUGUCUGUACGCCAGUACACCAGUCGAUUGUUUUACUUGUCACAUAAACUAAAAUAUGACCAAUGAUAUGUUGUUUAUUAAAGUGAACCUACACAAACAUGUAGGAGACAUGGCAACAGCAGCAUCAGAGAUCGAGAAUUCAAACAUUUUAAGGAUAAUCUAAAAUAAUGUCUCCAUGUAAGCGAAAGAGAAGGCAAAGAUACAUGUUAUCAACGAAAUUGAAACGUAAUUUUCCUCAGUAGUGCAGUAAGUGUGCUCGCCAAAUACUCUCUUUAUUCCCCCCACUCCCCAAAAAAAAAAUGUCCAAUCAAAUUUACGUACACAGAUACUGAAAGAUAUAACUAUUUGAAUGAAAACCUAUUGAUGUACACAUACGUGACAGCUUUGACUAUUUUUGAAAACAAUCCACAUGUAGACCAAAUGCUCUUUUUGACGCUUAGUCGGAGACACCCUGGUACUAGCUCCAAUCUCCAUACACGAUCAAGUCAGUCGGUGUGACAUAUCAGCCGGUCUGGGCACGAGGAACAAUAUUUACUCAUUCACGCUUGCAUACCUGCAUGUGGUAUAAAUCAUCAUGGAGUGGAACCAGGCUCAAUUUAAUUUAACGGCUAUUGGAUUUUGACUGCAACAGAGUUUAAAUAGUGUUUAGCAAUCACUUUCUGUCAUUUAGGGUUUUUACGAGGAUUUGAAGAGCUUCGGUGGUGCGCGGGUGUGCUGGAUCUGUGUGAGAGGCGAUUGGAAAACUAUGAUCGUUAAUUCAAGUUUUUUGCUGUCAACGAUUUUGUUGAUAUUUUAUUGGGGAUCGGUGCUUCCUUUUGAUCAAAGAAACAAUGCUAUGACGGAAGAAGUCAUCUCUGCUUUAGACAGAGUCCUCGACUUUUAUGAACGAGACUACAAGAGUAUCAAUUUGGAUGGAAUCUUUGGCCUUCGAGUCGCGCAAGGUGAGCUGAACAUCGACCAAAUAAGUGAUAUUUGGGUUGAUUGAUCUUUUUACCAACAAUGAAUGCUUGUCGAUGUAGUUGUGUAUUAACAACGUUUUUUUUAUUUACUGCUGGCUUACACCGAAUUAAAAUAAAUGUAAAAGACCUUUAUGUGAUUCGAAAGUACACUUACAUUUUGACGACGUUCGAUUUCGUCGUGAAAGAUCGCGAAACAAUCUCACAACCCACUCUGUGCGAGUGGAGAGCAUUUAGUGGACAUCUGAAUACCACCUGAGAAUUUGACAAAUAGCGCAGUAUUUCUUUUGUUGUUUAUUUUAGCCUCUCAAUAGCAAUCGAAACGAAAUAACAGAGAUAUACAUGGGUAAAAAAACUCGUUUAGUGAGAUGUAAUAUGUAGCACAUCCGAUUUUUUUCACCUUAAAAAUUUGGUUUUUGGAUAUCGGGAAAAGCAAAGUUUGUUCAGUUGGUAUGGUUUAUUUUUUAGCAUCUAAUAUUACAGCUUUCGUAGAUAACGAAUUGAAAGAGGUUCCUGAAGCUGAGCCAUCACAGAGAGUUGUAUAUUUACUUAGGAUACCGCCUUUUGUUGAUUCUUGAAUAAAUGUCUUAUAUAUGAUACUGCAAAAUGAUAGCCGAAUUCACCCUCACUUUUGUUCUACUUUGAAAAGACUUGAAGGUAAAUUUGAACCCUCUUUUUUUUAUUGUGGGCAAAUGACACAUUACAGUAUCAGGUAUGUUUUCACUGUGUUUCAACAGUGAGCUUUUCUAAGUGAAAUUUUAGCUUGACUUUUUCCAUCACACCUGUUUGUGAAUUUAAACUCCCACAAUCACAAUUUUCUUUAAAACAGCUUCCCACUGUUUAUACCAACUAUUGAUAAUGAUUAUUAUUUCCUCUGGGCCUGAAAAGGAAGUCAAUUUUUGAACAUGGCCUGACCUCUUUCAGGCAUAAAAUAUGGCCUGAACUCAGCAGAGGAUAAUUUGUAUUUUGAUUCUUAUCUUGUAAAUGUAUGCUAAGCAUCAUGAACUGAUGUAUCAAUCUUGUUCACCUUGGUGAUUGAACUGAGUUGAUCAUUAGUUUAAUUAGUUUUAGUUUAUACACCGUAGAGACCAGUUCAAAGCACACGCCAAAUCAAACAUUCUUGCAGGUAUAAUAUGCAAAAGAUUACAAAACCAAGUGGUAAAGACAAUUGCCAAGGCCAAGAUGGAUUAUGUGAGGAAUGAGAUCUCCAAAAAUAUGAAUAAUCCAAGGAAACUCUGGAAAACUCUCAAGAGAACUGUUCCAACUAAAUCUGCACCCUCCAAUCUUUCAUUUGUUGAGCUGGGAGAUAAAAGUGUUUGUGAUCCUACGGAAAUAGCCAACACCUUCAAUAAACAUUUUACUAAUAUCCAACAAAAUGCAGAUACGGUUAUCCCAGUAAUGGAUACUAAACAAACAAAAUCAACAACUCACUGAUUUUGUAGAAAGUCGCAUCAAUAAUUCAACUGUAUUCCACAUCCCACCAAUUAGUUUGAAACAGGUGGUUAAAGAUCUUAAGAACAUUCCUGAUAAUAAAGCCAUAGGAUUUGAUGGAAUCGGAAUUAAACCCUUACAGGUAGCUUUGAAUGCUGUUGCUCCUUCUCUCACCCACAUCUACAAUUAGCACUAUGACCAGCAAAUGAUCAUUUCUUGCAAGUGGCACUAGAAUAUGGAACAACCAAGACAAUGCCACUAGGGGUCUCACUUCCCUUUGUAAAUUUAAAAAUCAACUAUAUAAGAAAUACAUAGAUUGGAACUCCAGAGUUGAUAAUUUCACUACAAGCAGAAAUUUUAAAUUAAUUUUUAAUUUUUAAUUGUAUUUUUACUUCGUAUUUUUGCUAUUUGAAUUUGAAGUUUUAGAGGACCACAAUGAGAACUACUGGUUCUACUAGUAAUUGUGUUAUGCAAUAAAUUCAUUAUUAUUAUUAUUAUUAUUAUUAUUAUUAUUAUCUUACCAUCAUGAUGGUAACUACAACUCUCCUUUAGAAAAGCUAAGCCGUAGCUGUAGAACUUCCAAAACUGGUGGUUAUCAAACACUGUAGGUUGAAAUUUAGAUCCAGUCAAAACCCUUAAUUCUUAGAGCAUCAAUUGGUAGAAAUGUUCAGGAGACAGUGAGGGAUACUGAUAUUAUAAUAGAGAUCUUAGGAAGGAAAGGGGGAAAGGGUGGGAGGUUGGCCAUACUUUGCUGUGUUGCUGGCUGUUAGAAUGUUGCAUCUUGAUGUUGAAAUGUUUUGUUUUUGUUGUUUCUAGGAGCUCUCCUGUCAAUUAUUAAGGAUGUGCAGGAUGGCCAACUAAGAAUUGAGGACAAUGUGCUGAAUCGGGUGAAAGAACUUUACAAUAAAGCAUCUCAAAUUGCUGGCCAUGCUCUGCCAUAUUUGCAACGCGCAGCACCUGAAUACUUUGAGAAAUUUAGGAAACAAGUUGCUGAUCCAUGGUUGAACUUUAAACCAUUCACUGGCAAAGAGCUGAUUAAAAAGGAGUAUAAUCCAGAGAUUAAAAGAACUGCAAUUGACUUUGAUGAGAGUACCAGCGAUGAGUGUAUGAGUGGAUUGACUGGCACCGGAUCUGAUGGUAAUCAACCAUGUCAUAUCUCUGACAAAUGUUGGGAUCUGAUAAGUGCAGAAGGAACACAUGGCUAUGCCUUAACACAUCAAGCUCUGUUUUUUCAGCUAGGGGAAAUUCAAGGUAGGUUUAAAAAGGACAGUGGGAAGAGGAAUUUUAAAUAAAGAAAGUGAAGAAGAUUUAAUUCAGGCAAGGUUACUUUACAGCUUUUACUGGUCAGCACCCUUUAGGACAACCAAAAACAUUGCACAUGACUUUGGGUUUUCUUAGGCCUUCGAGCAGUAGAACAAAGCAAUCUCCACGUCAACUUUGAAAGAAGUUUAGGGGAUUCUUAUCAUUAUUAAUCAAAUUCCUCCCUUUGCACAGUUGCUAAUAACUUGGCUGUUUAUCAGGACAAUAAUUAUUAUCCAGAUAGGUGAAACAAAGUUUUGACUGAAGUUGGAUUUUACAUUUCUAUGGUUGACAAGUAAUUUUUUUUACAGACAACCACAUCCAGUUAACUUUGAUUAACAGUGGUUGUGAAUAGACUGUUUGGGAUGGUGUAUUUGAAUGAAGAAAUCAAUACCACUUACAUCUCUUUUUUUUUGUUUACCUGGUUGCAUCUGGAUGCAAUUCCUUCAUCUCAUCCCUCUUCUUUUCCAAACCAAUGCUCAUGCAGGGCAUGAAAUUAAUUUUUCUUUCUGUUUAGAGAUUCUUAUCAUAAAUUCUUCAAAAGUUUAUACAAUUCAAAAAAAGUUGGUCACCAUUUUCAAAGACAAACAAAAAUUUUUAUCCUGAUCAGGUUGAAAGACCCAAAGUUUUGAGUUGGGGAAAGAUCUUUACAGCUCUCAAAGUGGACACCAGGAGGGAUUUUGUUCAACUCUCAAGCUCACCUAAAUUCAAGAUACACAGUUAUCUCGAGAUGCAUGUGCUGCGUUUUGGAAACAAACUUAAUGAGGAAGUUUGGUUGAUUUAUCUAUGCACUCCUUUUUAAUUCAUGAUAUCUCUUAGUAAGGUUAUGAUGAAACAUACCACUUACAAUUUGACAGCUUUUUUCAUUAUUUGCUGCAUCUGGGAAAAAUUUGGCACAUUAUGAACCUGUAUUAGACCCAAACCUUAUGCUCAUGUACUGUUUAAGAUGAGUGUCAUCAUUCAAAAGAUGUUACACUUUACCUCUAUUUCAACUGCCUUGAAAUUAUUUCUUAGUUAGUGGCAGAAUGACAUUACUGAGUAGACUGUCUCUAAUUGCAGGUUGUACACCAGUAUUACUAAAACGUCUGGAACAAUCCAACAUAAAAGGAGGGCUAGAGGGAAUUUACAAUCGAAUCUGUUCUGACAUGUACCCUGAGAUGCUGGCAAUAGAGCAGAAAAGAACAUUGGAUGAGAAUAAUUAUCAUAGGGACUUGUUCAUGGAGCAAGCCAUGGUGUGCAGUUCCAUGGGUUAUGGUGACUUUCUGUCUGCUGAACGGCUCAAGAAGAUUCUGAGUUGGCAGAGGGGAGAUGGGUGUUUUGGUCAGAUGACACAUGGAAAAGAUGAGGAUGAAACUAAACAGUUUUCAGAUGUUGAAUUAAAUCAACAAACAAAUUCCCAAAGUGACUUUGAGGGGUAUACUGACAUGAAGGGUGGUUCAGAGAGGAGUAAUCUAUCUCCAUUUGGGAAUUUCAAGAAGAGUCUUGAGGAUAAGUACUCACAGUUGCGAAGGUAAUUUACUGUAGAUGCAUUGUUGAAACCACUUAUGUAAGAGAAUGAAUAAGCUAUGCAUAAGCUAGAUAGAUAAUUUAGAUAGAUAGAUAGAUAGUUUUAUUGACUAAAAACAUAGCAGCCAUCGGCUGAAUUACGUCAAGCUUACAAGUACUAAUAUUAUAAAGCUAUGCAUACUAAUACUGUAUAUAUAAGCCAUGCAUAAGUCCUCCACUAGUAGUUGUGAAGGGCUAGGCAGGAAUGCUGGCAACAGUCAAGAUAAAAACAAUGUUAGUUACAAUUAAUGCUGAGAAAUCUCUGACACUUUUAACAACACCUUCAGCUGGUGAAAAUAAUGACAUUUUCUUUGUCAAUAGGGGCCUCUUCAUAGAGCUUAUAAAUUAACUGCUGUAAAACAAAAAUCACCUUUUGUGGAACAAACCAAUUUAAGUUCAGUCUCUAGUGACUUAAUAACCUACAAUCAUUAACUUUGGUUUCUUUUCAGAAAGCCUUUAAGUAUGAGGACAAUGCGGUCAUUGUUGGUAGAGAAGGAACUUCAAGGUAACUUUAGUAUUGCUGAAGGAUGGAUUCAAAUUGGAAUCCAAUUUUUCCAUUUUCAUCAUUAACAGCAAAAUGGUCUCAAAAUAUGACAUGGAAUUGAAAGUACACAAUAUUUACAUCCUUUACAACUCAGUAACUGUGAAAAAAUUUAUGACAUCUGUUUGAAUAGUGUACAUGUCAAUAAAAAUUCUUUCACACUAUAAUUUCUUUGAUGAAUGAAUUAACCCUUUAACUCUCAGAUCAAAUUUGUAAUUCUCCUUACUGUCAAUCAUACAAUUCUUAUAAUGUCUAUUUAGAGAAUUUAGUGUUGAAUCAACUAAUUGUCCCCAACUUGAUAUUUUUCUUUUUUAUAUCACUUAUCUGGUUGAUAUUCGAUUGAUAUUGCAAGGAGAAAUUCUGUCUUGGUCACUCAUGGGAGUUAAAGUGUAAAGGGAUUCUAUUAAAUCAUCUUCAGAUUUUAUUAUUUUUAUUUAUGGUUAUAACUGUCUCUAGAGAGGAUGAAAUGGGAAUAUAUUCCUCUUAAGUUCUUAUCUGGUUGUUUCAAUACUAGUUUGUUAUCUCUGCAGAUGGGUGUUUUUCACAUGUCACUGGUGUUGCUGUAGGCUUAUUGGGAGUGUACUUGCGCUGGCUGUUGUACUCUCAACAAAAACCAUUCCAGAGUAAUGUUGGUUUGGAGACUAAAGGAUCAUUUAAAAAUUCUUUUCCAAACAAAAACAGAGAGGUGUACAUUAGUGAUAACUUAAUUGAUGUUAUUGCACUGAAAGAGGAGCAAUUGCAAAAGCGUCAAAAAUUGAAACAGGAUCAUAGGCAAUCUGCCCAUCUCAUGCAAAGACGUAAGGCUGCUAUGCUAGAUAAAAAUGAAUUACACUUUGUGCAGAACAUGGAUGAGAGGGUAGGAACUGGUUUUUUAAAUGGGAGAAUGUUUGUAUUUGCGGGUAUUUUGUUUAUUGUAGCACUAAUACUAGUCAAGGGUGUCAAAAAGAUGCCAAAUCUGCUCAAAGUCUUUUCACAUAUUCCAAAGAAAAGUGCACAUGUUAUUUAAGUUCUAGAAUAUGCAGAAAUUACUGUGAACCAAUUUCACAUGCAAGAUGUAAGCAGUUAGUAGUGAGAUAUUUUGAAUGUGAACCAUUUCCUUCUUUAUGGCAAGCACCCUUAAGGACAGGACUUGUCAAAAUGUUACAAAAGUUGAAAACUUUCAACACUAUGUUCACAAUUGCUCCCAAAAAGGUGGGGGUCCACUUUGAGUAUUAAGAAAAAAAAAAUUAAAUGUUCUAAUGGUUUUCUCUAUCAUCCACUUGGCUAAAGUAGAUUACACUGUACAUGCAAAGUACAAACAGGCCAUGUUAUUACUACCACACUGUUAAAAAUAUGACAAUCUCUUUGAAGUGCAACUUUCUUAUGCCCCAAAUGAAUUAAAAAUCCAGUUAUUAUAUGCCUAUUUGAAAUUAUAUUCAUCUUACAUUCAUGUGAUAUCACAACAAAACCUCAAAGGCCCUUGGACAUGUCUAUUUUGACACAUAAAGGUUAGUCUGUGUGGUGUUCUCAUAGCAUAUCAUUCUUUCAUUGGGUAGUAAACGACAACUGCAUUUUGUUAAAGAAGAGUUAAAUUUUUCUAUGAUGGGAAGAAAAGUGUUAGAAGUCUUAGAUAUAAUAUUAAAAAUUCCAUUAUGGUUCAUCUUUGUCUUUGUAUUGAUUACCAUCUUUGGUCACCCUUCCUACAUAUAAUUGCCAGGUUUACAGUGUUGGGCAAGUUUUUUUUUGCGGUAAAAGGUUUGGAAGCAACAAAUUAUGACCUAAAAUCUAAAACAAAAGAAUUGUUGCAGGAUCUCACUUUACCAUUACACUUGCCUAGGAAAAUAAUGAAAUAUAUGGUUGUCUCAUAAUCUAUUAAAUCAUCCUAUGGGAGUGGGAGGGGUCUAAAUUUUGCCAACUCAUUUAGCUGUGUCAGAGUAGACAGUUACUUAAUUUCAGGGAUGGACCUUUCUAAAUUUUUAAGGCGUUGCAAUCCCCUGGGACCUUUCACCCCCUUCCCCUCUGUUUACGAAUAAUGAUGCUAACAGUGAUAAUGAUAAUGAUAAUAACAAUAUUGGUAAUAAAAGAAUCAAUAAUUAUUCCGAAGAAUGAUUUAAAAAGUGAAGUUUAAGCAAGGAAAUGUUACCAAUCCUUAACGUGCUCAAGAACGAAACAGACCAUUUCCAUAUUUUAUUCGAUACAUAAUGAUGUGUGUAAGUAUUUAGUGAGUGUAAGCAACUGGAAUCGGUGUCAUUCUACAAUAUUGCCGUUGGUUUCCUUAUUUGAACGUAGGGUGCGGGAAUAUAACCACAGCCCAAUAGCAUAAUUUGUCCGCUAAAGACAAUUUUGGGGUUUAAGACACUUUCAAUGUGUCGCGUUAGAUGUUAUCGCGUAACUCUGUCGACUGUUUUCGGGGUUUCUUCUGUCUCUCGAUCUGGUGGUAGAAACUUCAUACAAUAAGUGUUUCUGCCAGGAGAGAAUUGUGCCAACGGCUGUUUCUGGGAAACACAAUUAGAUCUCUUGUCUAAUCCCAGUUAGAAACGGAAAACUGGAAGAUGUAAUUGGGGUCGAAUCUCUCAAUAACUAAUCUUAAUACAGGCACCACCAUCACGUUUUACAUGAGAAGGGGUUUUUCCCCGACAAGAUUUGUCUUCCCGUUCAGUUUUCAUUUCCAUUCCUUCUCAAAGCCCUCAAGGCCGAACUGCAGGUUGAUAUUGGCCCAUAAGAAGUUUUAGAUGCUUCAGCGUAAAUUCGCCAACUUUGAUCGAGCUUUUCGUCUUGCUGUCACAGGUCGUGGCCAUGCAUGGCUGUACGUGCUCCGGCCCUUUCAGUUUUGAGAGGGUGGAUUCACCUCCGGCGAAUGUGAAAUAAGCCACGUUCGCGAAGUUGCGUACACAAAUGGUACUGAAGUUGCACAGCUGGUUGAAGCAAUUGCAAUCAAGAGCCUGUAUGACGUCACGUCAAAAGCUUUUUUGUUCCAUCCAAAUUUCCAUUUCAGUCUUAUCACUCAUUUCAGAGGGAAAGACCUAAAAGUUAUCAAAAUUGCCUUCAGAGCUCUAAUCUUCGCCAGCGAAAUUUUCAAAGACCCAUUUUAUGUAUUAUGACGUCCUUCAGGAUCCUCAGCAGACUUUCAGUUUUUAUUACCUAUUGAUGUAGGUACCCGGCUAAAUAAUAAUUUAGUUUUCGCCUUCCAACAACAGAUUUAGCUCGCUGUUGUAAACUGACACUUUAAUACGGAAAAUGGCGGUCGACCAAGGUGAUUGGAAGCGCCAAAAACGGUUCUUGAACUUUCGCACUGUCACUGUCUUGCGCGGUGUAUCGCUAUACUUCAAAAGUCCAUAACUGUACUGAUGUUGCGUCAAGACCAUUUUUGACCUUAUAAUAUCAACAAGAACACUUGUCUGUCUAUCACGGAUAAAUUGAUCCGUUUCAAUAAACGUGGGGAUGUUCUUGUACUGAAGUAAUUGUGGGGUAUCCAGGAUAUUGCGCUUAUGUCAUCAGGGAAAAUACAAGAAUAAGAAACAACUGCCACCUAUUUAGUUAAAAAUUGGAAAACUUUUACCUUACAUGAUAGGCUGUAGAAAACACAGUGCACAUUUAGCAUAUCACGGUUCUCGUGUGACAAACACGCGUAAAUCACAUGUGAUCAUUGGCGGGCAAAUGAAUAAUUCCCGUGUAUACCUUAUACGUAUAAUUUUAACGAUUAGUUCAUUUUUGAAAUUAAGUCAAAUCGAAAAAAAGAUUUGCUGAGGCUAGAAAAAUACAAUUUUUUUUUGCAAAGCAGGGAAAUUCUUACGCCCUCUCGCAACCCCUAGAAAUACCUGCCAAAACAUGUCCUAAAUGGAACAGGGGUUGAUGCGUUUUCAAUCGAAUCUCUCUAUACUUUUUGUUAAAUAUUGGCUAAAAAUAACUGCUCGUGACAACGGGAACUCGAGGAAAAAAAACCUACAAAGCAAACAUAUUCGAGAAGCUCAUUUACGAUAGUGUAUUGCGAUUGACGCGAUAUUUUAACGUCAACAAAGAGCAAUUACAUUUCCCAAUGCGAAAGUCCGUUUUUUCGGGGAAUCCCCUAAUUAAAAAUUCAUUGUUUGUACCCACAUCAGCUGACACCUCUGCAUUCCUUCACGACUCUCGCUGUCGCCCAGGGUGCCCCGGUGGAGUCCCUAAAUUCCCCGAGCUGAAGCGUUUUGAUUGGUGAAAAGAUUACAAGCUCGCUAGAUCAUUGGUCAAUUUUAGGACACGUGACUGAAAAGGGAAAUUUCCCUUCUCUGAGUAGCAAGCGUAUAUACCUGACCAUCCGCCAUUACUAAGCAUCUUCGAUCACGGGGACUGUGAGAGUGUGUGUAGAAUUUAAUAGUUCAGUUUGUUUGUAUUAAUUUCGUUUCUUAGAGAACCGUAAACUUUUUACUUAUCGUAAGAAAUCUGUGUUCACUGUGAUGGAUUCAACUACAAGUGGGCAACGAAAGCUGACUCCUCGCGGAGCGAUGCCAACCGCUCUGGUACGACAGAAAAUGUUAGCAGUUCCUCAUGCAGAUGGAAAGGUUGUAAGCGCCAACAAUCAGUGUGACUCUGGAUUUGGUGACGACGAAGAAUUACGCUCUCGAAGCAUAGAAAGAAACAAUGAAUUCACCAGCUUGCGCAGUGUAGAGGAGAGGACCGAAAAUUUGUCGAUCGAGGACCCUGAUACUGAUAAGCGACACCCUUCCUUGGAAUCACAAGAUUCAUCGCUUCUGAAAAACGAAGAACUUUAUCUAAACUAUGCUCACACUAAUGACGUGAGGUAUCUAUUAGCCCAGGACCAUGUUAGAAAGCAGUUAUAUCUUCAAGACGACGAUGGUGACACGUAAGUUUCCAAACGAAUCAUCGUUCUUCUCUAAAUAUUCGUUCUGUGCAAACUCAGGAUUUCGUACGUGUAGCCGAGGUGCAUAUCCAAUGACCUUUGCCUUCAGAUAAAAUGCUUUGCUUUCUCCUCGAUCUGUAAAUAGCUGAAUAUCGAAACAGGUAGUGUCGUCGUUUUUUUUCUCUUUUUUCUUUCACCCUUUACCGACUUGUACGAAGGAGAAGAUAUUUUGAAUUAAAGUCGAUCAAAUUUCCUCCUUCGUGAAGCAAGACAUAAACUGUUCCCUCUACGAUUCCAGGCGUGGAGAGGUAUUCGAUUUCACUUGAAACAGCCAAACUAAAAACUGACUUUUUCUGGAAAUUGUAUAGAAAUUACGCUUUUUUAUAAACUAGCGUCAGGAGCAACGGUUUACUUCAACACUUAUGUUUUCGUUUUAAAAAUAUCGUCAUCCACCAAUCUCACAAAUGUUCCUUUCCCCGAAAUGAUGGAGUUGAGUAACAAUAUGAAAUUCUUAACAUACAUCAUGUUCAUUUUCUUUUUAUACUUUCAGAGCUCUUCAUUUGUCGAUUAUAAAUAUGAAACCAAUGGAAACAGAUGCGAUAAUCUCAGUUGCGCCGUGUAGAGAAUGCCUCGACAUUUACAACGAUCUGAAACAGGUAAACAAAACAAAACCACUUCAUGUUUGGCAUAUUUCCUCUAGACUAACUCAGAGUUUGAUAAGCGUUCUCUCGGAAAAUCAGCCGUAAGACACUGUAAUAAUCUUUUUAUUCUUUAUAAAAGAAAUUUGUGUGAUAUUUAUGAAACAUUUUCUGUCGUAGACGCCUCUUCACCUAGCGACAAUCACCCGACAGCCCGCCGCAAUCCGCAGACUUCUGGAAGUCGGAGCUUCGCCAAACAUUCCCGAUCGCAAUGGUAGAACGGCUUUACAUUUAGCUUGUGAUCAAGGAGACAUUGACUGCGUAAAGGAGAUUUUAAGACCUCUGCACGACAAACGAUGGGGUGACGAAAUGAAAGAGAAAGUAUAUAACAUGCUUCACGAGCGAGACUACGAAGGUAAGUUCACAAUAUUGAUCGUCCAUUUCUGUCGAGCCUUAUUUGGUGCUCUCGUCUGAAAUUAUACAUGAAAGCUCUACUUGCCCUUCGCCCACGUUUUGGUUUCUGUUGAUGACCUCAAUUGCAUGGGGGCUUCCCUUGUUGUUGAAAGGGAAAGUGAAAUGUGCUGUGGAAGCACAACCGGUACAUUGUGUUAGCGGGGGUUUCCCAUACAGGUCGGAAAGGGAAAUAUGCAAGUAAGAAGUUUCGUUUUGGCAUUUUUUUUUCCUUUGUUCACAUUAAACUUGUCAAAUUGCCAGGGUUACUCCUACUUAAGUUGUCAGUUCAUCUUGAUAGAGAUUUGAUCAGAAGAAACUUAAACUCAAGAUAAGCAAUGGCGUAUUUUCGUGUUACUAAUACUUGUAAUUUUUUCCCCUAGGUUUUGCCGCUUUACACAAGGCUGUAUUUGUAAGCAGUGUACAAAUUGCCACUUAUCUGGUGUCUCUUGGGGCUAAUGUUAACAUUCAGGUAGGUUACGUUUACAUUAAUUUUUGUGUUUUAUUUUUAAAUGCACAAGAACAGUGAUGGUGCAGGACUCCCACAAGUUGGCUUAUUUUGCCUUCCUGUUGGCUCCUGUCCUUACAAUAAAGCUUGCUGUAAGGAUUUUUAUCACACUGCACUAGAACACAAAUCUAAAUGUGAGAGCAAAUUUUGAUAGGAGUCAUGACCUAGAGCAGAUGCACUGAGGAACUAGAAAAUUAAAAAGGAUCAAUGUUUUAGUCUAAAUUUUUUUUCAACAUCUUUCUUUGCAGGAUGCUAAAAGUGGACGUUCCCCACUUCAUCAUGCAGUUGAGGCUGGUAACUUGUCCAUGAUCAACUGCCUUUUGUACCAGUGCAGUGCAGACCCAGAUGCCAUGACAUUUGGUGAAGUGACACCUCUUCAUAUUGCUGCAGGACGGGGAAUGGAAGCUGUGGUAGCUCUGUUACUUGCUGCCGGUUCUGAUCCAAGCCUAACAAACUAUGAGGGUGAAUCACCUCUUAAUAUUGCUGCCUCUAAACAGGUGAUUACUAGUGGAGCCCUUAUGUUGAAAUCUCUCAGGUGAAGAAUGUUGCAUGGUAGGAACCUGUUUAAUUUAAACACGUAGAGCUGUUUGAAAAAAGGGCCAGCGUGCUUGUUUUCUAAAUUCAAAAGGAACUUCUUUGGCUCCCUUGUUUAAAUGAGAAGUCAGCAUGGAUGUCAAUGAUGCUUUCACUUUUUUCAUUGUUGUUGAACCUUUAAAAAUUUUCUUUCCCUUCUCCCAUCGGUCCCAUUAUUUCAUUUUGUCCUCAGAGGAAUUAUAUUUGUGAAUCAGUACUUUAAAAUAACUAAGUGAAGUGAAUUCCAAUCUAAUGAUUCCUUGGUAUUCUUCUGUUUUUCUUUUCCAGAUUCAUGACAUGGUGAAGUCUACCUUCUAAGCCUAAAAUAGAGUUACAGACAAGAAUGGAAGGAGUGGAUUUCAAACCCCCUGAAUAUUUUAAAAAACCCACACAAUGGCAGGCUGGUAACUUCCAAAACAAGCCUGUGCAAUUGACACUAUCAUACCUUAUAAAUUUACAUAGCAUUACAAAAGCAAGAUUUUUCUAGAGCCUUGAGGCUACUUCCUAUAUCAAAUCACAGACAUUUUACUGCAUGAAACUGCAUGCUUUAUUGCUAUUAUUGAAAAAAAAAAUUUUUUUUGUUGUUGCUGUCUUGUCUGAACCAAAUAGAUAAAAGUGAUUUUUACAUAGUUGCUAACAAAUCAAGAACAUAAAUUUGAACUGGUCUAUGUGUGCAAUUACAGUUCCUUGUGAGACUUGAUGCCAAGAUAUCUUAGAUCAAAUAAAAUUCAGUUUUAGAAUAGUACGUCUCUUCCAUUUAUAAAGUAUACCAUUAGAAUAAAUAGGAUAAAUACUGACCCCAAAGAAAGUUCUAUUGUUUAUCAAUGGUAACAUUCUAGGGGUAAGUAAAGCACAGUUUUCAUUCUUUGACACAACACAAGGCAGUUUUCAUAAGUAGCUGGCAGCCAGUGACGCUAAAUGCUUUGCAAAAGCUAUUCUGUUUGGAAAGUGUCCUGAUUCUGUUCCCUUUCACCCCUAAGAUCUUGAUAUCAACUCUCUUUACUGCCAACAAUAAUCCUCUUCUAUUUUUGCCAUGGGAAUUAAGGGUCAUUUAACAUAACAAUAUCCCUUGGUUGAUAUUUCUUAUUAUUGAAAUCAACCCUGUGCUCUACAAUGUCAAAAUAUUGAAAGAAGAAAUUUCUUACCAGUCACUUAUGAGGUGAAAUGUUAAGUAAGAGUUGACAUAAUCAGCCACUACUGCAAUGAAAGCAUCUAAAAUUUCACAUUUCAAUAUAUUUCCAUAGCAUCCAUCAUGAACAUAACAUACUCAUUGGGCCUUUGAAUGACUUCAUGAGUUACUUACUAUUACAAGCAUACAUGGGAAGGGUACUCAUGUAUGGCUCUCCUUUCCAGCCCAAAGCAGGUCUUAGAUAAUCUUUAAUGAAUUUACUUCAACAUGGUUAUGACCAUAUUUUAAACAUGAUAUUGUUUAAUAGGUAGCUACAAAUACUGUCAUCUUAGCAAUGUUGUAAAGAAUUCAAAUAAUAAAAUAAAAGAAAGAAAGUGAGAUUUGUUUCUAGGUAUUUACUGAUUUCCUUAUGAUGCGGUCUAUAAAAGAGUAGAUGUUUCCAACCCACUCCACUCAGGGCUAGGCUACGUAUUUUCAGUUCUCUCUUUCCUAAGUAAAGAUAAGAUUGAAACCCUUAAACCGCGAGUUUAACCUCAACCAACUUCGUUUCCAGGGACCCCUUUCUUCCUCCCUCAAGGGACGAAGACCCAAGGAGCUAAGUUGUUGAAUGAACAAGGUGUCAAUUCAGUGUAACAUACACGCACCGACUAUUGACCGUGGGCUCAUAUUGGCUGAUGUAACAGGAAGAGGAUUAUGGAAAUAUUCCAAGAAAUUCAUUUAUAAACACCAAUAGUAUAUGUUGCUUAAAUUUCUUGUAAAGAGAGGAAAGCUUGGUAAAUUUCCUACAAACUUUAGGUGUAUAAGGUACAUAUCAUUAAGCAUGGCGGCUUCAAACGACGAAAGUAAUAAAGAAAACGUAGCGGAUGGAGAGACAGAACAAAUCGUGACCAUGGAGAAGGUCGUUGCAGCGGAUAACAAGGGAAUCGACUAUGACAAGCUGAUCAGUUAGUUUAUCUUCCCUCAUUUAUUUAUAUUUAUAUAUUCAAAUUUUUUAUGGUGUUAUUUCUUCCGUUUAAUUAUUCCAAGAAAACGGCGUGCGAGCCUCGAUCGAUGAUCAGCUGAAAAAUUCAGUCACGUGGCUUCUGUGGUUUUAUUGUCUAGCUGACUUAAGAAUAUUCGUCUGGCAUUAGUUGAAAGAUAGUUAACAAGGAUAAAUACGAUAUUCUUCCUUUCAGCAUGCAUAACAAUAGCCACACCAGGCUAGUAAGACAUGAUGGACUUCCUCAGUAAAUUCUUUUUUUUUUGGACAUCGGUGGUACUUAUAAUACUCACCCAAAACAUACCCAAGUAUACUAUUGAGGCAGGACCAGUGCUGUAUACCUUAUUAUUAUUCUCUUAUCUGCUAGCCAAAAGGGUUUUGAUUUUGUACAUAAUCAAACACCAGUAAUUUUUUUUUGAGACGUUUUGUAGGAGGAAGACAAAAACGCUUUCAUUAGCCACAAGAGUUAAUUGUUUCUAAAGGAAGUAUCAAUUUGAAAGUUCUUCUUUUGUAAGUUCUUUCUAAAACAAGGCCUUUAUUUGGAGACUGGUGGUAAUUAUAAUAAUUACCCACCCAAACAUACCCAAGUAUGCUAUUGAGGCAGUACCAGUACUUUACACCUCAACACCCACAGCAAGAAGGCUUAGUUUCCCUUUCUUUGUUAAAAGGAUGAAACUUUGUUAGUCCAACAAGUAAUUUUAUGAUCCACAGGGCAGUUUGGUUGCUCCAAAUUGGAAGACAAACACAAGGAAAGGAUAGAGAAACUAACUGGAAAAGCACCACAUCAUUUGUUAAGAAGGGGUGUCUUCUUCUCACACAGGUAAAGAGGGACUAGUUAUCACUAUAAGGCUUUAUAUUCAAAGUAAAUAAGUAAACGUAAUUAAUCAGGAGAUCCUUUUUUUGACUGUGUUGGUUGUAAGGGUUGUCAUAUUAUGGUGUCCUCCAUGGCCUUUAAACAAGGCGUUCAUUUAAUGGUCAUUGUUAACUGUAAUAGUGCUGAGUGCCCUUUACUCAGGUUUAAUCUUAGGUUAGUCUGAAAGGGUUUUACCAAUGAAACAAAGUUAAUGGACUGUAGACCUUGAUACCCAACACUGGUGCACUGUCUACCUUUCAGAAACUUUAACCUCAACACUUAUUAAAACCCUUUGUUAAUAAGAAAAGUUAUAUUUUAACAAUAGUGCUAUAUGUAGCUUUGAUCUCUUACGUUCUAGAAAGUCACAUGACUGUAUUUUGUAGUACCCAAAUUAUUGUAAUUUCCAGCCUACAAAGGGAAAGGGACCUUUGAUUCCUUCAUAAAAUGUUAUCAGCUUAUUUUGGUAGUCAUGAUUUAAUAGCUUCAAGCCCUGAAUUGUUUGUAAUGAAGGAAUGUUACAAAUUGUUAAUUAUUACCUUAAAUGUUUCAAGGGAUCUUGACUAUGUCCUGGAUAUGUAUGAAAAGGGAAAGCCUUUUUACUUAUAUACUGGAAGAGGUCCAUCCUCAGAAGCCAUGCACAUGGGACAUCUGAUUCCCUUUAUCUUCACAAAGUAAGUCACUGUGGAUAAUUCAAUCAAACUGAAGAGGUGGCAGAGUGACUUUUAAGGAAACCUGUUUUAUAGGGGUAUACAAGACAGUUUGGAAGGAAAAUUUUCGAGAAGCAACUCAGGGCCUUUUCCAUGCAUUCCCUCUGAUGUUUUUAAAUCUAUGUCUGAUGUGCUACAAACAUUUACAUAGUUACAGGAACCAGUUUCAUUGAAACAUGAAAUGUUAAACAGCUUUUGUAAGCCUGAAAUGUAGUUUUACUCAAAGAUUUGGAUCUGAUACUUUUUCAAUUUUGUCAUCUGGCUCUACACCAGCUGAGAAACAAAGAACCCAUUAGUGAGACAAGUAAAGUAUAUCUAUGAAAAUUUUACAGCAAACAAAGUAAGAAGAAGAACUAGAUGUGCACAUGUGUUGAAAAACUUCACAUUUUGCUUAGUUUCUCCACGGUUAUGUCAACAAUCAAGGUAAAAAGUGUAACAGAGAUUUUACUUCUAAUUCAGGUAUCUUCAAGAUGUCUUCAAUGUGCCACUGGUAAUUCAACUAACAGAUGAUGAAAAGUUUUUUCUCAAGGACUUAGAGUGCGAAGAAACACACAGACUGGCUUAUGAAAAUGCCAAAGAUAUCAUAGCUGUUGGCUUUGAUGUGAAGAAGACCUUUAUCUUCUCAGAUAUUGAUUACAUAGGGUAAGAAAUAAACUAAUUAUAAACCCGUUUCUUCAAUUAAUGAUUAUGAGUGAGCAAAAAAAUUGCUUAAUUUAUGAAAAUUCACAAUACUAUUAGUAAUCCCAAGCUAGGAAUACAUGUCAAAAUGUAUUUAUGGGAAAAUUAGUGUAAUUAUAGUUAUUACUGAACUGUUAGAAUUUGUGAGGAUUCUUUUGAAGGGUGUAUGUGAAAAAUUACUUCUCUUAUCAACUUUUAGGAGCAGCUCUGAGUUUUACAAAAACAUCAUCAAAAUACAAAGGUGUGUAACUUACAACCAAGUUAAAGCAAUCUUUGGAUUUGAUGAGAGUUCUUGUAUAGGUAUGUAUCAGAGUACCUCUUUUCCAUUUUUCAGCAUUAUUUUCUAGAUAAUAACUUAAUAGCUUUUGGUGUUUUAAUAAGUGUUUCAUUUAGCUUUCCUCACUUUUAAUCAAUCUUUCAUGAAACAUUUUGUUUCCAUGUGGCAAUAUAUAUAGAUGUUUGAAUUUUGUUUGUGGGUUGAACUUUUGUUUUCCAGGCUCAUUUUAGUUUAAACUGAGCGACAGGUAUUUAGAUGCAGAUGUAUUUGUCUUUAUUUCAGGUAAAAUAGCUUUUCCUGCCAUACAAGCAGCCCCAUCAUUUAGCCACUCUUUUCCUCACACAUUUGGAAGCAGAAAAGAUAUCCCAUGUCUUAUUCCUUGUGCAAUUGACCAGGUAAGACUUGCAGGAAGGGAAUCAAGACCUUCUUCUUAAACAGAGGGCGUGUGGUGUUAUGUAAAUGCAUUGUAUAUCCUCUCAUUACGAAGCAUUUGCAGUGUAUUUUUCAGUGGGAGAGGGAAGGAAAUAUAGAUUGUCUCGGAGGAUACCAGGUAGAAGCAACACUUUUUCUCCGAGAUGGAUACCACACAUAUCUGGCUGUUUUAUUACUGGACAAAUCUUUUCUUUUAUCGUAUGCAUCUGAUUAAACCUCACCAUAAUUAUGGAGGUGAUGGGCAGGGAAGGUGGUUGUAUUUGCCCAAUGCUUGGUGCAUGAGCCCAGGAAUUAAUGCGUUCAGAAUAGCAGUUCCUAUCAGCCAACCCAAUCUCCUUUUCAUAGUUUCUAGAUUGAAAUUAAUUCACUUUGAUCAGCGUCUCUAGAGAAUUGCAUGAACCAUCCUUAGUGAUACACAUACAUUCUAACGAUGUGCAGUUCUAAGGGGGAAAAUUCCUAACUACAAUCUCCUUCUAUUUGGUACAUGUACAUAUAGUCGUGUGUAACGUGAAGUAAUACAAUUCACCUAUUCUUUACUGAAUGUUAUUUGUGUGUUUUGUUUUCUUCCUAAUGGGUAGGAUCCUUACUUCAGGAUGACUCGGGAUGUUGCUCCACGACUUGGUUGUCCAAAACCAUCUCUGAUAUUUUCCACAUUCUUUCCUGCUCUGCAAGGUGCAAAAACAAAAAUGAGCUCCAGUGAUCCAACCUCUUCCAUCUUUCUCACUGAUUCCCCAGCUCAGAUUAAAAAGAAGGUAUGGUUGUUUUUUACAGAAGUGGUGCUGAUUUUUAUUACACAGGGUGUGUUUAACUUAUCACUUUUGCCAAGUAUAGACAGGUGUUGAACUCAGUCAGGAUUGCAUGAGUCAAAUAAUUUCAAUUGAUUCAUUUGAGCUCAGUACUCAAUCGGGUCUGUCAGUCAUUUCUCAAUAAAUUGUUUGCUGAAAAAUCUAAAGUUAAGUAACCUACCUCUGGAGAGGAAUUUCCAUUUGGUAAUUUUCCAAGAAACAUUGGACACAGAGCAAGUUCUAUAAUUUGUAUCUCUUCAUCUCCUAUUCACAAAGGGGUCUUUCUUGAGAAGAUCAUUAUAUGUAGUUGUCAAAUGGUGAUAAUGAAGUUUAUUGUAUUAAGUGCCUUACUAGGAUCAGAAAACAAAAGUUCUUAAGUACAUCUAGUGCAUUACUGUUUUUGUCAUCUAGGUUAACAAGUAUGCAUUCUCUGGUGGUCGUGAUACUGUGGAAGAUCACAGGAAAUAUGGUGGAGAUAUAACAGUAGAUAUUGCUUAUCAGUAUCUCACAUUCUUCCUUGAGGAUGAUGAAAAACUUGCUCAAAUAAAAGAGGUAAAUGUGCCAAGACCACGAUGCUUUAGAAGUUAUGUCAGCGUUUAAGGAAAUCGGGACUAGGACUUAUUUUGUUUUUCUUCUUGCCACUGUUCUUUUGAAAAUUUUUGUAAAUGACUUAGUAGUAUACUAACCCCAUUGGCUACUUGUUAUUAAAUCAGGAUUAUUCUACUGGAAAGAUGUUGUCAGGAGAAAUCAAGAAGGAACUCAUCUCAGUUUUACAGCCCUUGGUGGCAGCACACCAAGAGAGAAAGAAGCUAGUCACAGAUGAAGUUGUUAGAGAAUUUAUGACUCCAAGGAAGUUAGAAUUUACAGGAUUUAACUCCUGAGCACAGAUAAAACCAAGCAAUGAACAUUUUCCUAAAACUGCUUUAUGUAUGAUGUUACAAGUGUGGUAAAAAGAUUUUUGAAUGCAUGUGAACUUAGAUUUCCUUUGACACAAUAAGAAUGUUAACUAUAGAAAGGAGGCAGUAAAUAUAUCAGCAACAAUGAGUUAAGUCAGUUACCAGUACUUAAUUUAUUUCAGACUCUAACUGUUAAGGAAUGUAUGCAAGGUCAUGCAUGCCUUAAGUUCUUAGUGGUAAUAUAUUUAGUCACCAUGACUGAUUAUAAACAUGAGUUCAAUUGGGGGACUGGGGAUAUACAGUGUAAAGGAUAAAAUCAGUUGUACAUUGGUGAUUUCACCAUUGUCUUAGGUGAUAAACUCCCAACUGCCCCAGCCUUUCUCCCACUGUGCUUUCCAAAUACCUGUUUCAGGCAGACAUCCCCAAAGGAGCAGCUUCAGCCAUUAGGAGCAAGGUUCGGUUGUGGAAUAACAUUAACUUUACACUCAAUUUGUGGCCCAAGAAUAAAGCCUUUCGUCAAUGAAGCAGUAUAUACAUGUUAGAUGCUCUUUAAUAAUUUGAAAGUAAGAGGAACAGCAACAACACCUUUUAUUUUUUUUUGGGGGGGGGACGCUCUUAAAGGUAAUGUAAAGUUUUGAUAUAUUUUUUUGCCUUCACGAAGAGAAUUACGGAAACAGAUUUCAUUUUGUUUCCUUCAGUAUCUUAUUGCACUAAGGUAAAACCUGCCAAGGCGCUUUUGUUCAAGAGAAUUCAAGGGCAGAUUUACGCACACCUCUUAAACCCAGAUUAGCGAAAAACUACUUUAUUUCGAGGAAAAAUCGUAGGGUUUAUUCUUUGGAAUUUUUCACAUAGUUUUCACUUUCCAACUCUGAAAAGUUAGGUGUCGAACUAUUUUCGAACUAAGACUGAAAAGAAUAAAUAGCUGGCUUUGUAGAAUUGAGAACGGAUUCGGUAUUGAAUUGUGAAGUAUGUGAACAUGAAGACUACUUUUAAAACUUGGAGACAGCCAGAAAGAUAAAUAUUUGUAAUAAAACAAGAAGUCUGGACCUGUCUGAAGUUUUCUUCUAUCCAC